AUGGGAAAGCGCAAGAGUUCGUCGAAGCCUCAAGGCCCCAAGAAGAAAGAUCCCCUCCCGACCAAAUUCACAUGUCUUUUCUGCAACCACGAGGACUCCGUAGCUGUUAAGCUGGAUAAGAAGGCGGGUGUCGGUUCGCUGGACUGCAGAGUGUGCGGUCAGAUGUUCCAAUGCAGCAUCAACUACCUCUCGGCUGCUGUUGAUGUAUACGGUGAAUGGGUAGACGCCGCAGAUGCGGUUGCCAAAGAAGCACCAGCCGGUGGAAGUGGCCUGAACAAGACUUCCGGUGCCCGGCGCGCACCUCCGAGCCGACCGGUGAACGACGACGACGAUGAUGACAGAAGAUACGGAGGCGAGGGCAUUGAUGCAGAUGACGAUGAUUACUAG